AAUCCAACGUUACGGCUCCCACAACACAAAGGGCUGAGCGUUUGGACUGCAAGCUUCGGGCGCCAAAGAAAUUCAGUCCAACAGCCCACUGGUACUCUGCACGGUGACCUGGGUCCGGUGAAUGCUGGCUGUCUCGGACUCUGAGGAAUAAAGACUGGAAUCCCGCACUGGAUGCUGGAAGUUGACUCAGAGAAAACCAACAGAGGGGCAAUGGCGGCUCUGCAAAAGUUGCCACACGACAGAGCGCUAGUCCUGCUGUGCCUCUUUUUGGCCGCCCUGUGGGAGGCCGGAGUUGGGCAGGUUCGCUAUUCUGUGCCAGAAGAGAUCGACAAAGGCUCUUUCGUGGGAAACAUCGCCAAGGACUUGGGUUUGGAGCCCCUGGCCCUGGCAGAGCACGGAGUCCGCAUCGUCUCCAGGGGUAGGACGCAGCUCUUUGCUCUUAACCCGCGGAGCGGCAGCUUGGUCACGGCGGACAGAAUAGACCGAGAGGAACUCUGCGCUCAGAGCGCCCGGUGUCUGGUGAGUUUUAACAUCCUAUUGGAAGACAAAUUGGCUAUUUAUUCAGUAGAGGUAGAAAUAACAGAUAUUAACGAUAAUGCUCCUCGCUUUGGAGUAGAGGAACUGGAGCUAAAAAUCAGUGAAACGACUAUGCCAGGAUUCCGGAUCCCUCUUAAGAGUGCGCAUGAUGCGGACGUGGGAGAGAACACCCUCCAGAAGUACGAACUUAACCCAAAUGACCACUUCUCCCUGGACGUGCGAAGCGGAGUUGAUGGGAACAAGUACCCGGAGCUGGUUCUGGAGCGGGCUCUAGACCGCGAAGAAGAGGCCGUUCACCGCCUGGUUCUCAUGGCUUCCGACCGGGGCGACCCGGUCCGAUCUGGCACCUCCCGCAUCUGCGUGAAGGUCCUGGAUGUGAACGACAACGCGCCUGUUUUUACACAGCCCGAGUACCGUGUGAGUGUUCCAGAGAAUGUGCCGGUAGGCACCCGGAUAGUCACGGUGACCGCCACUGACGCAGAUGAGGGAUACAACGCUCAGGUGGCAUAUUUUCUAGAGAAAAACCCUGGAGAAACCUCAGAGGUAUUUGAACUUAAGUCAACAUCUGGAGAUAUAACAGUUAUUCGGAAUCUAGAUUACGAGGAUGCCAAAUUCCAUGAAAUUGACAUUGAAGCUCAGGAUGGUCCUGGCCUUCUGACCAGAACGAAGGUUCUUGUCACGGUUCUGGACGUGAAUGACAAUGCCCCAGAAUUUUACAUGACGUCUGUUACUAGCUCAGUUCCUGAAGACUCUCCUCCAGGGACCGUAAUUGCACUUUUCAAUGUACAUGAUAGAGACUCUGGGCAGAAUGCAUUUACUACAUGUUCACUCCCGGAGAACCUUCCUUUCAAGUUAGAAGGAUCAGUGGACAAUUACCACCGACUGGUUACAACCAGAGCCCUUGACAGGGAACAGUAUUCCUUUUACAACAUCACUCUAACCGCUAAAGAUGAAGGAAACCCGUCUCUGUCCACGGAUGCUCAUGUUUUGCUGCAGGUGGCAGACAUCAACGACAACCCGCCUGCCUUCCCCCGCACGUCCUACUCUGCCUACAUUCCUGAAAACAACCCUAGAGGCGCCUCCAUCUUUUCAAUCAUGGCCUAUGACCCAGACAGCAAGGACAAUGCUCAUGUAACUUACUCUUUGGCUGAGGACACCCUUGACGGGGUGUCCCUGUCCUCUUACAUCUCCAUCAACUCUGACACUGGGGUCCUCUAUGCACUGUGUUCCUUUGAUUAUGAACAAUUCCAAGACCUGCAGCUGUGGGUGAUAGCGCAGGACAGCGGAAACCCUCCACUCAGUAGCAACGUAUCAUUGAGCCUGUUCGUGAUGGACCAGAAUGACAAUGUGCCCGAAAUCCUGUACCCCACUGUCCCCACAGAUGGUUCCACUGGCGUGGAGCUGGCACCCCGCUCCGCAGAGCCCGGCUACCUGGUGACCAAGGUGGUAGCAGUAGACAGAGACUCAGGCCAGAACGCCUGGCUGUCCUACCGCCUGCUCAAGGCCAGCGAGCCUGGGCUCUUCACGGUUGGACUGCACACGGGCGAGGUGCGCACAGCGCGGGCCCUGCUGGACAGAGAUGCGCUCAAGCAGAGCCUCGUAGUGGCCGUCCAGGACCAUGGGCAGCCCCCUCUCUCAGCCACCGUCACUCUCACCGUGGCCGUGGCCAACAGCAUCCCCGACGUCCUGGCCGACCUGGGCAGCAUCAGGACCCCCACCGACCCUGAGGAUUCAGACUUGACUCUAUACCUGGUCGUGGCAGUGGCUGCUGUCUCCUGUGUGUUUCUGGUUUUUGUCAUCGUGUUGCUGGCACUAAGGCUGUGGCACUGGUACUCAUCACGCCUGCCUCGGGCUGUGAGUGGCGGGUUGGAGGGUGUGCCUGCCUCGCACUUUGUGGGUGUGGAUGGGGUGCGGGCUUUCCUGCAGACCUAUUCGCACGAGGUCUCCCUCACCGCAGACUCGCAGAGAAGCCACCUGAUCUUCCCCCAGCCCAACUAUGCGGACACACUCAUCAGCCAGGAGAGCUGUGAGAAAAAUGAUUUUCUAUCAGCACCUCAAUCUCUACUUGAAGAUAAGGGAGAAGAAACAUUUUCUCAGGUAAACUGUCUUUUACAAUAUACCUAA